AUGUCUUCUUCAAACAACGAUUCCUCCCAUCAGGGCUCGCUAUUGAGUCCUGUUAUAGUGACAGACUUUUCGGGCAGAGAGCGAUCUAUGUCUACAGCCUCUUCAGCGUGGUCGGGUCCUACAGAUCUAAAUCACAGCCCAACUUCUCCUGUCUCACCAGAUAUGGCGUGGAAUCAGCCAGACCCAGGCCGGUUGAUGGUUCAAAAUGCCUCGCAUCGACCGUCACAGUCGAUUGAUGGCGAUACAUUGCGUCCGCGGGCGGACUCAUUCGCUUCUUCUGCUGAUACUGUAGUUCGCUCGCGCGCGAAUUCCGAAGUAGACCCGACUUCCAAAGGUGUCUAUGACGAUGUAUCGCUGUCAGAAGCUUUGAAACCGGAUCCGAGGAAUGAAACUGAUUUCCAAGUGGAAGAUAAUCGGUUUGCGUUUUCCCCGGGUCAACUAAACAAAAUGCAGAACCCGAAGUCCUUGGCUGCUUUCCAUGCUCUUGGUGGCUUGCAGGGUCUGGAGCGCGGUCUGCGAACAGACCUAAAUGCCGGUUUGUCAAUAGAUGAAGGGCGUCUAGAGGGCAAUGUCGAGUUCAAGGAUGUGACACCUUCGCAAGACACAUCUGCAGGAACAUCUCCAUCAAAACCUGUCACUUCGGCCCCGGCGCCGGUGUCAUCUGGUAGUGGCUCACCCUUCGAAGACCGCAUUCGUGUCUUCAGUCGGAACAAACUACCCGCUCGGAAAUCGACCGGGUUCUUGAAAUUAUUUUGGGCUGCAUAUAACGACAAGAUUAUUAUAUUAUUGACUAUCGCCGCUGUGGUCUCACUAUCCCUCGGGAUAUACGAGACCGUGGACGAAGGUACGGGCGUCGACUGGGUGGAAGGAGUUGCCAUCUGCGUGGCAAUUUUGAUUGUCACGAUUGUCACAGCUGUCAACGAUUGGCAAAAAGAGAGACAAUUUGCCAAACUCAACAAACGGGCGAUCACCCGCUCAGGCAAAACUGACAUGGUUUCGGUCUACGAUAUCAUGGUUGGCGACAUCCUCCAUCUCGAGGCUGGCGAUUCAAUCCCCGCAGAUGGCAUUCUAGUCUCAGGCUACGGCGUGAAGUGCGACGAGUCUUCCGCUACCGGCGAGUCGGAUCAAAUGAAAAAGACCCACGGCCAUGAGGUCUGGCAGCAAAUCGUUGACGGCAAGGCAACGAAGAAACUCGACCCGUUCCUGAUCUCCGGCAGCAAGGUCCUUGAAGGUGUGGGAACUUAUGUCGUCACCAGUGUUGGGCCCUAUUCUACCUACGGACGGAUCUUGCUGUCGUUGCAGACUCCUAACGACCCAACGCCGCUUCAGGUCAAGUUGGGUAAGCUGGCGGAUUGGAUUGGAUAUCUGGGUACAGCAGCUGCUGGUAUUCUGUUCUUCGUUUUGCUCUUCCGAUUUGUAGCCGAUCUUCCUAAUCACCCGGACAAGACUGGAGCUAUGAAAGGCAAAGAGUUUGUGGAUAUUCUUAUUGUUGCUGUCACGGUUAUUGUUGUCGCUAUUCCAGAGGGCCUUCCAUUGGCAGUAACUCUGGCUUUGGCCUUCGCUACCACACGAAUGGUCAAGGAGAACAACCUCGUCCGUGUCCUUCGCGCAUGCGAGACAAUGGGCAAUGCCACAGUCAUCUGUUCUGAUAAAACAGGUACAUUGACACAGAAUAAAAUGACUGUUGUGGCCGGAACCUGGGGCUCGGAUCAGGACUUCAGCCAGAGAACCGAAGAUGCAGAUGUGGAGGGUUCAAUGACUAUUUCGGCAGUCUCCCAGAAAUUGUCGGCUCCUAUCAAAGACUUGAUCAUCAAGAGCAUCGCUUUGAACUCGACUGCCUUUGAGCAGGAAAAAGACGGCUCCAUUGAUUUCGUCGGCAGUAAGACUGAGGUUGCGAUGCUUCAGUUGGCCCGGGAUUAUAUGGGUAUGGAUCUUGUCUCGGAGCGUGGCUCCGCUGAAAUCGUCCAAUUGAUUCCCUUCGACUCCGCCAGGAAGUGCAUGGGUGUUGUUUACCGUAUUCCUGGUGUUGGGUACCGACUGCUUGUCAAGGGAGCGUCCGAGUUGAUGGUCGGCGCCUGCACAACAAAAAUCAUCAACAUUGAUACUUCCAAAGAAAGGCCUGAUGUGGAGCAGCUUUCUGAGACACAGAAGAAGAGCCUCUUGGAGAUCAUCGACAAUUAUGCUCACAAGUCUCUGCGAACGAUUGGCAUGGUCUACAAGGACUUCGGAACCUGGCCCCCAACAGAAGCCAAACAUUCUGAAGAUUCUUCGGCGAACUUCGAGGAUUUCUUCCAUGGUAUGACCUGGGUCGGAGUCGUGGGUAUCCAAGAUCCUCUUCGCCCCGAAGUUCCAUCAGCCAUUCGCAAAUGCCACUCGGCAGGCGUUCAGGUCAAGAUGGUGACUGGUGACAAUAUUGCCACUGCCACCGCUAUUGCAUCCUCUUGCGGAAUCAAGACGGAAAAUGGUUUAGUCAUGGAAGGUCCCAAGUUCCGCCAACUCACAAACGCCGAGAUGGAUGAAGUGGUUCCGCGCCUGCAGGUACUGGCACGAUCAUCCCCCGAGGACAAGCGAAUCUUGGUCGAACGGCUCAAGAUCCUUGGUGAAACGGUUGCUGUAACAGGCGAUGGUACCAAUGACGGUCCGGCUUUGCGGACUGCAGAUGUCGGCUUCUCCAUGGGUAUUGCUGGUACUGAGGUCGCGAAGGAGGCAAGUUCGAUUAUCCUUCUGGAUGAUAACUUCAAGUCCAUUAUCACAGCGAUAUCUUGGGGACGAGCUGUCAAUGACGCUGUUGCCAAAUUUUUGCAAUUCCAGAUCACGGUCAAUAUCACAGCCGUGAUCCUUACCUUCGUGUCAUCUGUGUACAGCAGUGAUAACACCAGUGUUUUGACAGCUGUGCAACUCCUCUGGGUGAACCUGAUUAUGGACACCUUCGCCGCUCUUGCCCUAGCCACGGAUGCCCCGACUGAGAAGAUUCUCGACCGCAAGCCUGUUCCCAAACACGUCUCCCUUUUCACAUUGACCAUGUGGAAGAUGAUCCUCGGUCAAGCAGUGUAUCAGCUCGCCAUCACCUUCAUGCUCUAUUUCGCAGGCGACAAGCUCCUCAGCGCCCAUCUCAGCUCCGAACCCGAGAUGCGCACGAAGCAGCUCUCGACCGUGGUGUUCAACACGUUCGUGUGGAUGCAGAUCUUCAACGAAUUCAACAACCGUCGCCUCGACAACAAAUUCAAUAUCUUCGAAGGCAUGUUCCGGAACUACUGGUUCCUAGGGAUCAACGCCGUCAUGGUCGGCGGUCAAGUCAUGAUCGUCUACGUGGGCGGCCAGGCAUUCGGCGUGACUCGCUUGAGUGGCAUCCUCUGGGGUGUGUGUAUCAUCUGUGCUAUUGCCUGCUUGCCCUGGGCUAUCGUUCUCCGAAUUAUCCCCGACUACCAUUUCGGACUUGUUUUCAAUGCCGUUGUUGGCGGUAUGGCUGUUGUUUUGCGCCCGAUUGCUAAGGGGUGCAAGGCAAUUGGUCGUGGUAUCAGGUCUUUCUUUAGGCCUGUGAAGCGUUUCACUGGCCGUGUUGUCAAGAAGCAGAGCUCGGACGAUGAAGCCGAGUUUAAUCCGCAGCCCACAAAGUCUGAUGAUCCUGAACAAGCUCCUGAGAAACUCGAGAGCAAGCCAGAGCCCUCUCCUGAACCUCCCACCACGCCUCCUCCUGUCGUGGUACCCCCUAUCACAAUUACGACCUCUCCUUAG